AUGGCUCCAAGACCAAAAGUGGGGACCAAUUCCUCCCCCAACCCUGAUGAUGACACUCCAGUGGGGGGCAUCCCGCCAGCUUACUCCACCCUGGACCUGGUGAAAGACGAUCCAGAUGCAGAUCCCUGGAAUAUCCCAGAGCUCAUAGACACUGGGGUCAAGUGGUCAGAGCUGGAUACAAAAGGGAAGAUUAAGAGAGUGCUGACAGCUUUACUGAAGUUCGUUCUGCUGCUGGGUCUUCUCUACUUCUUUAUUUGCUCUCUGGAUGUUCUCAGCUCUGCUUUCCAGCUGGUCGGAGGCAAAGCUGCUGGUGACAUCUUCCAGGACAAUGUUGUGUUGUCCAACCCUGUGGCCGGGCUGGUGAUCGGGGUGUUAGUCACAGUGCUGGUGCAGAGCUCCAGCACCUCCUCCUCCAUUGUGGUCAGCAUGGUGUCCUCUGGAAUGCUGGAUGUUGAGUCUGCAGUGCCGAUCAUCAUGGGAGCCAACAUUGGAACCUCUGUCACCAACACUAUCGUAGCUAUGAUGCAGGCAGGAGAUCGAAACGAGUUCCGCAGGGCGUUUGCCGGUGCCACAGUGCACGACUUCUUCAACUGGCUCGCUGUGAUGAUUCUCCUCCCGCUGGAGGUAGCUACAGGCGUCCUGUACAAACUCACCCACCUCAUCAUCGAAUCCUUCAACAUCCAGGGCGGAGAGAACGCGCCCGACCUGCUCAACGUCAUCACAGACCCUCUCACCGACUCCAUCGUCCAGCUGGACAAAAGUGUGAUCUCCGCCAUCGCCACCGGUAGCGCAGCAGCCAGAAACAUGAGUCUGAUCAAAGUGUGGUGCAAGACGGAGUCCAACAUAACUUUCUGGAAUGCGACAGUGGAGAACUGCCCAGCCGGUGCCCUCUGUUGGGAAGAAGGAAACCUGACCUGGACCAUAAUGAACAGGACAUGGAUUGAACACCAACAGAGAUGCAAACAUAUCUUCGCCAGUACGACACUGCCCGACCUGGCAGUGGGCCUCAUUCUUCUGGCGCUGUCCUUAUUCGUCCUCUGCACAUGCCUCAUCCUCAUUGUCAAGCUGCUCAACUCCAUGCUGAAGGGGCAGGUGGCUGUGGUCAUCAAGAAAGUGAUCAACACAGACUUCCCCUUCCCCUUCUGUUGGGUUACUGGAUACAUUGCAAUUUUGGUGGGAGCAGGGAUGACCUUCAUCGUUCAGAGCAGCUCUGUUUUUACCUCAGCUAUAACUCCUCUCGUUGGUAUCGGUGUUAUUAGCCUCGAGAGAGCCUAUCCUUUGACCCUGGGGUCAAAUAUUGGUACAACAACCACUGCUAUACUUGCUGCUAUGGCUAGUCCUGCAGACACACUAAAAGAAUCACUGCAGAUUGCACUUUGCCAUUUCUUCUUCAACAUCAUGGGUAUCUUACUGUUUUAUCCGAUCCCCUUUACGCGGGUGCCCAUCAGGUUGGCCAGAGGGUUGGGCAACCAUACAGCAAAAUACCGCUGGUUUGCCGGCCUCUACCUCGUCCUGUGCUUCUUGGUUUUCCCUCUGACAGUGUUCGGCCUGUCGCUGGCUGGCUGGCAGGCUCUCGUUGGAGUCGGCGUGCCAUUCAUUGUGUUGGUUGUCUUUGUGAUAAUCAUCAACGUGAUGCAGUCUCGAUGCCCCCACUUCCUACCCAAGUUCCUACAAAACUGGAACUUUUUGCCCCGGCCUCUGCACUCCAUGGCGCCAUGGGACAUUGUGGUGACCUCGGCCUUAGGGUUCUGCGGCAAAUACUGCUGCUGCUGCUGCAAAUGCUGCAAGAACACUGAGGAUGAGAAGAUUAGGAAGAACAACACCAAGAGCCUAGAGAUGUACGAUAACCCCUCCAUGUUGAAAGACGAGGACACGAAGGAGGCCGUCAAAGCAACACAUCUGUAA